AUGACCUCCUCAAAUACAAAAUCUAGUGAUGCAUCAAAAUAUGUUAAAUACACAAUUACAACACCCGAGUGGCAUUAUCUUAAGAUCAGAAUUAAUUUUGAUUCCCCAACAAAACCUUUACCGAUCAUCACACCUUUGAUGCUUCGAACCUUAAUCACAAAAUCAUUAACUGAGGCUUUUGGAAUCAUCGGGUCAGGUACCCAUGUUGACAUUUUAAAUUGGGACGGUGAACAAGAGAGCUCCGAUUAUUCCGGAAUACUCAGAGUUCCCAGAGAGGAUUUGUCUACUUUAUGGAGUUCGUUAACCUUAUUUAACGCAACCUUGCAUGUCGAUAAUCAAAAUAAUAAAGAAAUUUUCUUUGAAGUACUCUGCAACUCCUCCUUCCUAAUGGGGUUGGCUGUUGAUAGCAGAGAUUGGACCAGAAGACUAUUGAACUCUUAA